AUGACAUCUUCUCCAUCGCCUUUUUCUAAUAAUAACAAAUUACAAGUCUUACCACAACCAACAACAUUAUUAUUUACUCAAUCAGCUAAUAAUAAUUUAACUAUAAAUAAUAUUGGUAAUACAACACAAAAUAUUCGACAAACAAAUAUACAAAAUGGAUCAUUUAUUCAACAACAACAAUUAUCUGGUGGAACAAUAACAACACCAACAAGUAUUGUUCGUCUUAAUCAACCUUUACAAACACAAAAUCAAUAUCAACCUCAUACUGUUUGGACAAAUAAUACUUCACAAUUAUCACCGAAAGUUCAAUAUUCACCAACAAUAAAAAAUGAACCAACGACACCUGGUUUUCAACAACAAUCUUCAAUUUUACCAACGAAAGUUGUUACACAACCAGUUGUUCGACAAACAGUAGUAGCACCACAACAAGCUCCGAAAUUUACUGAUGCUCAAAUAAGUGAUUUCGUUGGAAAAUGUCGAACAUUUUUAACAACAUUACUUAAACUUGCUGAAAAACAAGCACCAGAAAAAUUACCUAUGGUUCGAUCUUGUAUACAAGAUCUUUUAGAAGGAACAAUUGAUCCAGAAUCAUUUACACAACGAUUACAUACACUUUACAAAUCACAACCACAUACAUCACUUGUACCAUUUUUCAAAUUAGCAUUGCCAUAUAUGCGUCAAAUUGUUAAAAAUACUUUUGGUCAACCAAUAACUAUCGAAUUAUUAGAAAAAUUAAAUUUACCAUCGAAUAAAAGCAAUACAAUUGGUAAUAUUUCAACAACACCAACAACGUCUCGUGUUGUUGUAAAUCCAUCACUUUUAAGUCAACAACCAACUUCUGGUGUACAACAACCAUUAUUGUAUACAACAGUACAACCACAACAAAAAAUUAAUCUUUUACAACAAACAUCUCAAUCAUCAUUAAUUGGUUCAACCGCAUCAUUACUUGGACAACAACAACAACAGCAACAACAAGCUCGAGCACAAAUUAGUAUAACGGGAAUUCGACCAAUUGUUGCAUCAGUUUCUCCAUCGUCGAAUACUAAUCUUCUUACUGGACAACCACAAAUUCAACCAAUUACACAAACAAUUAUUCAACAAUCUGAUUCAUUUUUACAAAGAACAUUUCUAUCACCAUCAACAGCACUUCAACAACCACAGAUUAUCACUGUUAAUCAUCAACCUAUUCGAACAGAUAUAGUUACAGGUCAAAAGACAUCAUUAACUAAUAUCUCUUCUCUUCAACAACAACAACCGCAAAUUCAAUUACAACCAAGAAUAGCACUUAAAAAUGAUGAUGAUACAUCUGAUGAUAUAUUGGGAAAUAGUGGUUUAUUGACUGCAUCAUCUGGAGUUGUCGAUGAUCGUCAUACUCGUCAUAUCACUCAUGAUAAUCGAUUGUUAUCGACAAUGGUUUUACGUCGACGUUUAGAUCAUUUGAUUAAAAAAGAUAAACGAUGGGAAGGUAUUAAUAUGACUUUACAUGAUGAUUCUGUUCUUGCACUUAUUUCAAAUGCAACUGAAGAAAGACUUAAAUGUUUAAUUGAAAGUAUUAAAACAAUUGCACAACAACGAACGGCUCUUUCUUCUCAAACGGAACGUUCUCAGAUGGAAGAACAAAAUAAUAAUGAAACGAUGUUAUCUUUUGGAAAAGGAGAAAAACGUAAAUUUGAAGAAAAUAUCAAUCAAUCUGAACGGAUAUCUUCUAAUCAACCAACAACUAUGUCGAGUUUUAUGAAUAGCAAUAAAAAAUGUAGGUUAGUUAAACGUAAAUGUCAAGCAAAUCUUCGUGAUUUAAUAGUCAUUAUGGAAAGAGAUAAACAUCUUAAACGAUCAUCACUUCUUUUCAACGCUCUUGAUAAAGCAUCUUAA